AAGCCGGAGGUGCGUCAUGUGGUUCCGGUGGCUCUUGGUCACGUUGUGGAUGCAAAUUUGUCUCUGGUUUGUUUUCGUCUUUUAAGUGCGAACGCAUUUUUUAAUAAAAGGAAACCUCGUUGGGAGCCUGUUGUCUUGAAUAUUUUUUAUCGGAGAUGGGAGUCCCAGCAUUUUUUCGCUGGCUGAGUCGGAAGUAUGCCUCAAUUAUUGUUCACGCCGUGGAGGAGAAGGCAAAAGAAUGCAAUGGAGUUCGCAUACCAGUUGAUACCAGCAAACCUAAUCCAAAUGAAGUUGAGUUUGAUAAUUUGUACCUGGAUAUGAAUGGAAUUAUUCACCCAUGCACGCAUCCAGAAGACAAACCUGCCCCAAAGAACGAAGAUGAAAUGAUGGUGGCAAUUUUUGAAUACAUUGACCGGCUGUUUAACAUUGUUCGUCCUAGAAGAGUCCUGUACAUGGCUAUUGAUGGAGUUGCUCCUCGUGCCAAAAUGAACCAGCAACGAUCCAGGAGGUUUCGAGCCUCAAAAGAAGGAGCUGAGCUGACGGAGGAAAAGAAGCGCAUAAGAGAAGAGAUUUUUCAAAGAGGUGGAUACCUGCCCCCAGAAGAAAUUAAAGAGAGGUUUGACAGCAAUUGCAUUACUCCAGGCACGGAGUUUAUGGACAAUCUUGCCAAGUGCCUGAGAUAUUACAUCGCUGAUAGAUUAAACAGUGAUCCAGGAUGGAGAAAUCUAACGGUUAUUUUGUCUGAUGCGAGUGUGCCAGGAGAGGGAGAGCAUAAAAUCAUGGAUUAUAUUAGGAGGCAACGAGCCCAGCCCAACCACGACCCCAAUACUCAUCACUGUCUCUGUGGAGCUGACGCUGAUUUGAUAAUGCUGGGACUGGCAACCCAUGAGCCUCAGUUUACGAUCAUCAGAGAAGAGUUCAAACCAAACAAGCCGAGGCCCUGUGGCAUGUGUGGUCAGCUUGGCCACGAGAUAAAAGACUGCCAGGGUCUUGCAAGGGAGAAGAAGGGAGAGCAUGAUGAAUUUGCCGAUACCCCGCCAGCUUCAGAACAGGAGUUCAUAUUUAUUCGGCUUUCCGUUCUGAGAGAGUAUUUGGAGAGAGAAUUAACUAUGGCAAGCUUGCCAUUCCCUUUUGACAUUGAAAGAAGCAUUGAUGACUGGGUGUUCAUGUGUUUCUUUGUGGGUAACGACUUCUUGCCUCAUUUACCAUCUCUAGAAAUCCGGGAGGGUGCAAUUGAUCGACUGGUCGGCAUUUAUAAGGAUGUGGUACACAAGACAGGGGGAUAUCUUACAGAAAAUGGCUUUGUUAACCUGGAACGAGUGGAGCUAAUUAUGCAAGCUGUGGGAGUGGCAGAGGACAACAUUUUUAAAAAACGGCGAGAGGAUGAGGAAAGCUUCCGAAAGAGAAUGAAGGAAAAGAAGAAGCGAAUGAAAGGGGGAGAGAGACCAGCUUUUUUGCCUUCAGGGCAAUUUGCUCCUCAAGCUCUGGGAGGGAGAAAUGCACCACGACCUGUUCACAAUGCAAGGCAAGCUGCAUUUGACAUGAGGAUGCAGGGGAGAGAUCAGCAGAACAAGAAUGCUGCAUUAUCGUUAAAGGCCCAGAUGAAGAAUGGAAACCAGUCUCCCUCAGGAUCCAGUGAUAUGGCUGAUGGCAGGGGGGUUAAGAGAAAAGCAGAAGAUAGCGACAGUGAGCCUGAACCAGAGGAUAAUAUUAGGUUAUGGGAAGAAGGGUGGAAACAACGUUACUAUAAAAACAAGUUCGAUGUUGAUGUGACUGAUGAAAAAUUUCGGCGCAAAGUGGUCAAGUCUUAUGUUGAGGGUCUUUGCUGGGUCCUUAGAUAUUACUACCAGGGCUGUGCGUCCUGGAAGUGGUAUUUUCCCUUUCAUUACGCCCCAUUUGCAUCAGACUUCAAAGACAUUAAGGACAUGUUCACUGAAUUUGAAAGCGGUACUAAACCGUUUAAGCCACUGGAGCAGCUGAUGGGAGUGUUUCCUGCAGCCAGUGGGAACUUCCUCCCCCAGUCAUGGCAGAGACUCAUGACCGAACCGGACUCCUCCAUCAUUGACUUUUAUCCAGAUGACUUUGCUAUCGAUUUGAACGGAAAGAAAUUUGCUUGGCAAGGCGUUGCUCUGCUGCCAUUUGUUGAUGAGCGUCGACUGAGAGCUGCCCUGGAAGAGGUCUACCCUGACCUCACUCCUGAUGAAAUUCAGAGGAACAGUCUUGGUAGUGAUCUGCUGUUUGUGGGAAGGUCCCAUCCCCUUUCAGACUUUUUAAAGGAGUUAUAUCAAACAAAUUCAGAAGAGAGUGUGGAGAUGUCUCCAGAGCUGUGUCAUGGGAUCUCUGGAACUCUCACUUUGGAUGAAGACCCAGUUCUUCCAGAUAAGCCAGUGCGAUCCCCCAUUCCAGUGUUGCGAGAUGUUGUUGAAAACAGUGCAAUAGGAAUUAAAUUCAAGGAUCCACAAUAUAAAGAGGGUUUUGUGUUUAAGGCGACAGUCCUCCCAGGAGCGAAAAUACCUGCUAAAGUCCUCAAACCUGGGGACUGGGAAAAGUCCAACCGCGGUCCUUGGAGACCUCAGCUUGGAUUUAACCCAGACAGACGGCCAGCCCACUUGGAUCAGUCUGCAUUCAGAGCAUUAAGCCACAACAUGUCGCGGGAUCGAAAGCCUGGUUUCUACAGCAAUGCGCCACCACCU